AUGGCGCGAUUAGUUUUGUGGAUACUAGCGGUGUGUACAAUCCUUGUAUGGACCAAGGCUCGCCAUGUAGAUGAUGUACCAAAACAGGUUGGACUUAAGGGCGAUUCGGCAGAAAGUGAAAAUCUUGAUCAAGUGGUAGCAGGUACUGGUAAGCAUGAAGCCAAAGAAACACACCACGAAGCAGGUGGUGGUCACGAACACCACGCUCAUCACCACAAGGAAGGUGAAGAAAAAGGUGAUAAGGGGUACAAGUCCCAUCAUCACCACGAUAAAGGUGAACAUGGUCAUCAUGAAAAACAUCACCACGAAGGACACCACGAUGAGCACGGUGGACAUAAAAAGAAGCACCACGAUGAACACGACAAGCAUGGUGAGCACCAUGAAGCAGCCCACGGCCACAAGGGCGGGAAAUUUGGCCAUAAGAAGGGCCACAAGAAAGGUUCCAAAACUACCGGAUUUCAUCACAAAUCGCACAAAGAUGAAUAUCACAAGGAACAUAAAUUCUAUGACGACUUCCACAAAGGAGGACAUCAUCACAAACACGGAGACUUCCAUGGUCAUCACGAUAGUAAGGAUGGUCAUCACAAAAAGGGAGGUCAUCAUGAGAAGGGACAUCACGAAAAACACCACGGUAAGAAAGGACAUCAUGACAAGGGUCAUUACGAUGAAGAUCACAAGGGGCACAAGGGCCAUCACGGUCAUGAAGAACAUCACGCCCAUCAUCAUGAUCACGGCAAAAAAGGGGGACAUGCUGGGGGCAAAGAAUAUGGAUUCAGCCAUGGAAAGAAAGCCUAG